UUUAAAUUGGAAAAAAGAAAUUUCAAAGAAGAAAAAAAAAAAAAAGGAAACGCAACUCGAACAUCUACUGCUUUAUCUUCUCAGUGAUUUGGCAGCUUACGAAUCAUCCAGGUGCGAAAUCCACAUAAAUGAUAACAACACAACUAAGACAUGGGCUUGCGUGCGCAAUGACGCAAAUUUUUUUGUUCUUAUCAUGCCUCGCAGUUGAAGACCACACAGUGACACAUCUGGUCGUGUCUACUUCACAAUUGGACAGUCGUGAAUUUGUCUACAGAUUUAUAAUUUUAAUCACGCUUUUUGGGGUAAUGAUUAUAUAUUUAUUUGCAGAUUUAUAUUUAUUUUCCGUUAAUUGUGAUAGACUCAUUAUUCCCGGUAUGCAGCACAUAAUCAAGCGCUUCAUAUAAACCUUUUAUCGAACACCUUGUCUGCAUCGGCGUUGGAAAUCAGACAUGCAAUGGAAAUCACCGCUGCACUCUACUCCUCACUAACUCUCAUCCUCCUCCUUCCAAUUCUCCGGUUCCUUCUCCAAUUUUCAGGUUUCAGAUCCAACCAAAAGUUUCCUCCAAGCCCGCCACGGCUUCCCUUCGUCGGCCAUCUCCACCUCCUGAAGCCACCUAUCCACCGCAACUUCCACAAACUCUCCCAAACCUACGGCCCGAUCUUCUCCCUCCGCUUCGGCUCUCGCCUCGUUUUUGUAGUCUCAUCGCCGUCAAUCGCGGAGGAGUGUUUCACUACGAACGACGUCGUUCUCGCCAACCGCCCACGUUUACUCGUCGGGAAGCACAUUGGCUACAACUACACCACCAUGGCGUCAUCACCUUACGGCAGCCAUUGGCGCAACUUACGCAAAAUCGGCGCUAUCGAGAUCUUCUCCUCUAACCGUCUCAACAUGUUUUCGUCUAUUCGAAAGGACGAGGUCAGGCGGCUCAUCUGCCGACUCGCCCGUGACUCGCGCCGGGGUUUCGUGAAAGUGAAGUUGAAGCCUCUUUUCUCGGACUUGACUCUCAAUAAUAUGAUGAGAAUGGUUGCAGGGAAGAGGUAUUGCGGCGAUGGAGUGAGCAAUGAGAAAGAAGCCAAUGAGUUUAAGGAGCUUAUAUCGGCGGUGCUUCAGCUUGCCGGUGCAUCGCAUCCAGGCGAUUUCUUGCCUGUGCUGAAAUGGAUUGGCCAUAAUUACGAGAAAAAGGUGAAGAAUACUGCGAAAAGAAUGGAUGGAUUCUUGCAAGGUCUGAUUGAUGAGAAGAGAAGAAACGAAGAAGGAAACUCCAUGAUCGACCAUUUGCUCUCUCUUCAACAGUCAGAACCCGAAUACUACAACGACCAAAUUAUCAAAGGCCUCGCAAUGAUAAUACUAGCAGCUGGAACUGAUACGUCGAUGGUUACAAUAGAGUGGGCAUUGUCCAAUUUACUUAAUCAUCCGAGAGCUCAUAAAUUGAUCAUGCCAUUUGGGUUAGGGCGAAGGACUUGUCCGGGCGCAGGAUUGGCUCAAAGGAUGAUAACCUUGGUAUUGGGAUCGUUGAUUCAAUGUUUUGAAUGGGAGAGAGUGAGUGAGAAAGAGAUUGACAUGCAAGAAGGGAAAGGAAUCACCAUGCCCAAAUUAGAGCCGCUAGAAGUCAUGUGCAGAGUUCGUCCAAUCAUGAAUAAAGUUCUAGAGCAAGUUGGUUAAUUAAUUUUCAAAAAAAAAAUUCAGAAAUUAUGUUGAAUUUUAUUAAAUUAUAGAACUUAAGAUAAUAUAAGUUUGAUGUGAAAUUGUAAAUUAUAA